ACCGGCAACUCAGCACCAGAUGAUUUAUGAUGACGUCUGUUCUGUCAGAAAACAAUCCACAUCACAGAAAAAACUAAAACUAUUCUUUUGACUUAAUUUGGUCUUUUUAAAAAUUAAAAUAAAUAAUAAUGUUUGUGUACUAAAGUUGUGCAGUGUUGUGUGUAACAAUAAAACACAGGAUAUCCAUAAGACGAGCUAGUACGAGGAGGUGACUAAAAACUUGCAAUUGCACCGCAACCGGAGGAAAGGCAAAUCAAAGAAAUUACUGUGUGAAAACUGACAACUAAGCUCAUUUGGGCAAGUGGGCAAGAACAAAAUGGGCAUCAACGUUAGCAGACAAACCGAUUUGGCCAGCAAUGUACUGCUGCAACAGUUUGUGGGUCGCAGCCACAUUGCACCCGAUGAUGAGUUUUGGGCCAAGUUAUUAAACUACAACAUAACAAUGCCGGAGAAUACACAGGAUCAAUUGAAUCUGGACUCAAGGCUGGAAUCUUUGUGUCAAUCGUUUAUUAGCAAUAAUCUAAAGACUGGAAAUUUUGGUUCAUUGAUAACGGUGUUUUUGACCAAAACUUCGGAAUUGCUAUCACUUUCCGAUCAGGAGAGUAAUAUGCACAUAUGGCAGACAUUCAAUGCAUUGUUUAUAAUACGUUCAUUGGUGAAGUAUAUCACAGAGACUGGUUCAGAAUUUCAAUUGUUGCAACAUUUUGAGGCAAUGCCAAAUGAGGAGUUCCUUAAGGCCGAGGAAGAAGCGGCAGCAGCCAGUGGAUCACAUCCCGAGAGUACAGCUAUUGCUGUGGAGGCGACUGAAAAUGAUGAUCCCUCGGCCACAUUGAAGGCAGCAGCUGCUGCAGCCGCUGUUAUGGUGGAUGGUUCAAAGUUUGAAACAUUUAUAGAUGCAAUUUUCAAUUUGAUAGUUGUGAUUCCGGUCAAAGAAUUCACAUAUCACUUACAUUUGGAAGCUGUCAACACACUGAUUACCCUGUUGUCGGUACAUCUAUUCACCCAACAGCCUACUGAGAAAUCCAUUAUCUUCCGCACGGUAUACAAGUGCCAGCAUGCCAAUGUUUUAAUGUCUGCCUUAUUACACUUCGUUGCCCGUCUGGUGGAGGUGCCACAGACAAUGUUCGGUUCGUCGUCGGCUGGUUCCUUUGUUUUUGGCAUUGCCGAGUCCUUGCUAUCGAUAUUUAGUUUCCGCAAACAACAGGAUGUCUUGAGUACCCAACACUCAACCGGUGCUGAACUAUCGCAGCAAUUUCGACUCCACUAUCCUUUGGCCAAUCAAAGUCUUCUGUUAAUUUUGAUACUCACCAAUCACUGUACCACGAAGGAGAAUUCAUAUCGUUCAUCGUUGUUCGGCUGUGCCGACUCCAAAGAUGUUGCCAGCAAGGAUGGUGCCACAUUUCACAUUGACUUCGGUGCAGUUUACGAGACUCUGUGUCGCAUUGUGACUAUCGAUCAGGCAACGUUGUUGCUGUAUUUGCUAUUGCAUCGUAAUGAACGUUUCUAUCGUUUCGUUAUGGCUCAGCAAGACUUAGAAAAAUUGGUCACACCAAUUCUACAGACAUUGUAUCAUGCUCCGGACAGUACAUCUCAUCAUAUUUAUAUGUCAUUGAUUGUCUUGUUGAUAUUGAGCGAAGAUGAUGGUUUCAAUAAGAAUGUACAUAAUAUUAUGCUUAAAAACAUAACCUGGUAUACGGAGAGAACAAUUUCUGAAAUCUCCUUGGGUGGCCUAUUAAUCCUGGUAGUUAUACGUACCAUACAAUAUAACAUGUUGAAAAUGCGUGAUAAAUAUCUACAUACAAACUGCUUGGCUGCCUUGGCGAAUAUGUCGGGACAAUUUAGGAAUCUUCAUCCAUAUGUGGCGCAACGUUUAAUAUCACUCUUCGAAACAUUGGCCAAGAAACACACACGUCUUGAUGCUCAGCUCAAAGAGCCAGUUAAUAGUGCCGUUUUUGUAAAUGUUUCCACAACACCUGAAGAUAUGUUGCAAGACUUGACCGUGCUGGAAGAGGUUUUACGUAUGGUUUUGGAAAUACUAAACUCUUGCCUCUCCAAUCAACUGGUGUAUUGUCCGAAUUUGGUGUAUACUUUGUUGUACAAACGAAGUGUCUUUGAGGGCUUUCGGUCACAUCAUGCUUUUCAGGAUAUAAUACAAAAUAUUGAUAUGGUGGUGGGCUUCUUUUCAUCACGUUUACAGCGCGUCCAAGAACAGAGAGGGGAAUUGGGUGUCAAUGAAGUAUUCGAAGUUAUUUCCAAGGGAGCCAGUCAAUGGUCUAGCGAUCGUUUAAGGAAAUUCCCCGAUUUGAAAUUCAAAUAUGUCGAAGAAGAUGCCCCCGAAGAGUUUUUCAUUCCAUAUGUGUGGACAUUAGUGUGUAAAUACGGUUGUGUUCACUUUAGUUCGGAAAGCAUCAAGGGCGUGACCACCGAAAUAUCUUGCUAAUACACUGUAGAUUUUGAAACAUUUUUAUAAUAAGAUGCAUAGAGUGGCGGCGUAUAACACAAUAGGCAACCCCACAAAAAACCCCCAUUUUUUCACAUAUUUAAAUGAUUAUAUUUCAAAAAACAAAGCUUCUGCAAAUGUUUGUAUAAUUUUUAUGUUAAAUAUUUCUUCUUUUCCGUGUUCUUAUCGAAAUGUUAUAAC